GGGGGGGCGGGGGGGGGGGGGGGGGGGGGGGGGGGGGGGGGGGGUGUUGGCGACGGGUGGUUCAUGAGGACUGCCAGUAGUGUCUGCACUUUGUCUGUGAUUUGUUUGUGGCAAGUGACUUCUUGCGCUUUGCACUAAUGCGCUCCCUCGGCGGUUGUCGAGUGGGGUUUGGCAUUGCGUGUUAACCUGGUCUUGGCCAUCCAAUAGUUGGUACGACGCACGUGUGUGUGUGUGUGUGGUGUUGGUCGGUCUGUAUGUCUUAAUGUGACGUGUUGUAUGAGUACAGUGCGGGUGAUUUGAUGUGUGUGGCUGUGAGUGAUGUGCCCCCUCCGCCCAAUGAGCUGAGCAGAAAAGUGCGUCGCGCCAAAAGGAGGCGACUGACUGACUGAGUGGUCGGUCGGGCGGGCGAUCGCGCGGCUAAAUGCAUUGCAAAUUGAAUCAUGCCUUUUCUUUCUUUGGUGAAGAGACUUCAUGAGUGGGUGUGGUGUGUAUCAUAUAUAGUUCAUGGGGAGGGAGGGGGAGGGACAUUUUAUUUGGGGAGGAUUGAUGCAUUGACUGACAGAUGAGAUGUUGCAACGGCGAUGAAUUAACAAACUGUGUCGGCGAGCAAGUCAGACUCAAAUCACGCGACACGACAUUGAUCAGUUCCGUCAGAGGGAGCCAGCUAGAUCUCCCUACCUCCCCUCCUACCUAUGGCCCUAAAUCUUGCGUGUAACGCUCUUUCGCCAAUUCUUAGCUCGCCAAGUUAGUUUUCGCUUUAAAGAUGCCUCAUCUGCGUCAGUUCCCACCGUGGUUGCCGUGCUGGCGCUUGCCGGCGUCAGCGCGCUUUCUCUCGACGAGCCCGACGCUUCUGCAGGGCAACCAGUGGAACAGAGGUCCUGGGCGGCCGUAUCGGAGUCAAGAGGAGAUCAACCGAGAGGCCAGGAGGCGCACAGAAGAGUUUGAGAGAAGAUGGUGGGAUAACUGCGCCAGACGCUCGUGUGCACUCAUUGCAUGUCUGUGUGCUUCUCUGCAGGGGUCCGAGGUUUGAGCGGUGGCAGCGAGAGGGCGGGGCCUACGCCGACGGCGCUCGGAUUCUGGAGCGAUGGAUCCGACGGGGCUAUCGAGAAUACGCCAGACAGGUGAGUCAAUGCAGUAUAGGGAGCGUCCAUGACAGUGUGUUUGUGUGCCUACGUGUCGUGUCUGUCGUGCAGAGUGAGCGGUGGCGGUCCAUCAUGCGGGAUCCGUUCCCCCAGAGCUAUGAUGAGACCAAACGCAUGCUGCCAGUGGCGGCUGUCGUAGCCACAGGUCAGUCAGUCAGUCAGUCGGCCCGUCAGUCAAUGUACCACGGCAGAUGGAUGAAUCAGCGGUUGUCGGUUGACAUAUAUGCAUCAGGUGCCUGGUGGUUUGUGUACGGCUCCUCCUUUCUGCUGCUGUACACAUCCCUCCACACCAACAUGUCCAUCUUCCGGGGAAUGAAACGGUCAGCCAACACGCGCACACACAAUGCAUCACUGGCACCGACACACAGAUGAAGGCGGCCCAACAUGGUGUGUGUGCAUCGUCCCUGCCUGGGCCUGCAGGUCCGUCCUCUCUAUGCGCCCACGCACGCCCUCUACCCAAUCUGCCCAGGACAAGAAGAAAGAGUCGGCCGAGACGAUUCUCUCGGCCGAGUACGAGACCAAGAAAACCAAGCGGCAGAAAAUGGGUCUGCCCUCCUCCUUUGAGACCUACAAGAACGAGGACCAGGACGCAGACACCCUCGCCAUCCACAACGUGCUCGAGACCCCCAAGAGCUUCAUGUGGCGCGCUUUCUGGACGGCCGUCAUCACCAUGGCUGGCGUGCGGCCGGCGAUUGACUAUUACGACAGGAACAUUCGCAACAAGAUGGUCAGGUACACGGUGAGCGCGGGCCGGAAGAAAAGCCGGGUGUGGCAGUGGAUUGAGGACAUCAUGCGUCGGGUGGCCAAGACGCCCACAUGGAAGUUCUUCGUGACGCAGCGGCUUGCGCGCGUCGCGCGGGUCGACUGGGUGAAGAUGGUUCGGAGCGAGGAGGUCAUCCGGUGGUGCAAGACCCUGGGGCCGCCGGUGCUGAUUUUCCUGGUGCCGACGAUGUGGCUGCUCGCCGGCCAUAGAUGAUGCGGGCGAGAUCUAGACGUGUAGACGAUGGUGGGGGGGUGGCUUCUCCAGUCGGUGUAUGUGUGUAUGUGUAUUUGUGUGUAUUUGUGGCUGAUUGCGGUGAGUAUGGGGUGCACCAAGUGCAGGAAUGGUUCGUCGAC